CAUAGUUCCACACGUGCAAUAUUUACGAAAGAUGCGCAAUCUAAAGCUGCAAUAUUGCAAGAAGCUGGAUGCAGUGGUCCAUCCCCGCCAUCUGCUGCUGCAACCGGACUUGGACGGCGACGCCUCGGAGACAUCCUUCGUGGUGGCCGAUAACAAGAUCUACGCAGUGCGGGAAUCUGGAGACAUCGAGCCCAAAUUGAUUGCCGAUUUGCCGGAUAUUGUGGGUGUGGAGUUUCUACAGUUGGACAAUGCGAUCUGCGUUGCCUCUGGUGCUGGGGAGGUGCUCCUGGUUGAUCCCCAAACGGGCGCCACCAGCGAGGGCACCUACUGCGACGUGGGCAUCGAGCGCAUGGCGUGGUCGCCAAACCAAGAAGUUGUGGCCUUUGUGACCCGCACCCACAAUGUGGUACUGAUGACCAGCACCUUUGAUGUGAUCGCCGAGCAGCCGCUAGAUGCAGAGUUGGCGCCGGACCAGCAGUUCGUCAACGUGGGAUGGGGCAAAAAAGAGACUCAGUUUCAUGGAUCUGAGGGAAAACAGGCUGCUAAGCAGACUACAGACGACUCCAAAUCCAAGCAGGACUGGCAGGAGCUUAAUCAGGAAGUAAAUAUUUCCUGGCGCGGCGAUGGAGCCUUUUUUGUUGUGUCCUAUGUGGCCGCCCAUGUUGGUCGCACCUUUAAGGUGUACGAUUGCGAGGGCAAACUGCAUCACACUGCCGAGAAAAGUGUUGAUCUUCAAGAGGUGGUAGCCUGGCGUCCGUCGGGCAAUUGGAUUUCCCUGCCCCAGCGCUUUCCCAACAAGUCUACCAUCGCUCUGUUCGAAAAGAAUGGCUUGAGGCAUCGCGAGCUAGUUCUACCCUUCGAUCUGCAGCAGGAACCAGUUGUGCAGCUGCGCUGGAGCGAGGAUUCUGACAUACUGGCCAUAAGGACAGCUACCAAAGAGGAGCAACGGGUUUAUCUGUACACGAUAGGCAACUACCACUGGUACUUGAAGCAGGUGUUAAUUUUCGAUCAAGUGGAUCCCCUAGCAUUGCUUCACUGGGAUACGCGGAUGGGAGCCGAGCACUCACUGCACAUUCUCAAGGAAAGCGGCAAGCAUUUAGUCUACCGCUGGGCCUUUGCCGUGGAUCGACGCGAGCGUAGCGGCGUCGUGGGUGUCAUCGAUGGCAAGCGCCUGCUGCUCACGAAUUUCUCCACGGCCGUGGUUCCGCCACCCAUGAGCCAAGGAGUUCUGGAGCUAAACAACUACAUCAAUGCCUUUACCUGGUACGAGACAAGUGUGUGUGUGUACACCUGCGACCGCAAGAUGUACUUCUAUGAACAGUUGUACUCCAUGGAACAAUUGAUCAAGCAGAAACCACAAGCCACUCUACUUGUGCCGGAUGCAGAGCUUUCCCGUUUGACACUGGCCAAUCUCACCUACUUUACGUGUGAUAACCUGCUAGCCACCCACAGCUCGGGAGGAUCCACGCGCAUCUUGCUGCUGAACAAGGAGGUCGACGAGGAUGAAACCAACGAACAGGGCGAGCCAUGCUAUAGGGUACAGAGUUCCCUGCGGAUCAGUGGGCUAGUUAAUGCCCUGACCAUUGGGGCCAACGCGUUAAAUGAGUUCUAUGUGCAAACAGUUAACAAUGGCCACACCUACGAGGUGUCCCUUAAGGCAGACAAUUCACUCAAGGUGAUGCGAACCCAUGUGCAGUUGUCUCAGCCAGCUGAUGAGAUCCAGUGGUUCAACAUCAUCAGUGACUCAACAGGCGGACUUAUAACGCUUCGCAAUCAGCAGCUUCUCCACAUGGAUGGGUAUCGCAUUGCUGAGGAUGUCACCUCAUUCUGUGUGGUUGGCAACUAUUUGGCCUACACCCAACUUAACGCACUGCACUUCGUUCGUCUAAGGGAUCGCCGACAAGUGGCGAGCAGGAACAUUGAACGCGGUGGCAAACUGGUGACGGGAGUGGCCAAAGAGGCCCGAGUGGUGCUGCAGCUUCCGCGUGGCAAUUUGGAAGCCAUCUGUCCGAGAGUGCUUGUCCUGGAGUUGGUUGGCGCUCUUCUCGAUAAGCAGCAAUACAAAGAGGCCAUGAAGAUGUUGCGUAAGCAACGACUCAACCUGAACAUCAUUUGCGAUCACAAUGUUAAACAGUUUGUGGAUUCCGCGGGCAAGUUUCUGUCCGAUAUCGAUCAGAGUCAGUGGCUGUGCCUGUUCUUGAGUGAGCUGCAGAACGAGGAUGUCUCAAAGGGAAUGUACUCCAGCAACUACGAGGUGGCCAAGCAGACCUAUCCCCCGGACUUUCGGGUGGAGCAGAAGGUGGAGUACAUAUGCCGUCUUUUGGGACAGCUCAUGGAACCAACCACAUCUCCAGAACUUGUGGAGCGCUUCCGUCUUCCUAUUAUCACUGCCUAUGUCAAAUUGGGUCGUUUGGAGGAGGCUCUUCAGCGCAUUUGGGCCGCUAAGCAGGAAGAUCCAGCUCUGGCAGACCAGUUGUUGAAAUAUCUGCUUUAUUUGGUAGACGUCAACGAUUUGUACAAUGUGGCCCUGGGCACGUACGAUUUUGGACUGGUUUUAUUCGUUGCUCAAAAAUCUCAGAAGGAUCCGAAGGAGUUUUUGCCCUUCCUCAACGAACUGAAGGCAUUGCCCACGGACUAUUGCAAGUUCCGGAUCGAUGACCAUCUUAAGAGAUACGCCACAGCACUUCCUCAUCUUGCUGCUUGUGGAAAGGAGCACUACGAAGAGGCGCUAGAUUUUAUUCGAAAGCAUGGUCUUUACACAGUUGGCUUGUCUUGCUACCGAGAACACACGGAGUUUCACAAGAGCAUCUGUGUUGCCUAUGCGGAUCACCUGAGGGCCAAUGCCAAGCUGGACAACGCCAGUCUUAUGUACGAGCGCGGCGGACAACUGCAGCAGGCGUUACUCAGUGCCAAGCACACACUCGACUGGCAGCGCGUCCUGGUGCUGGCCAAAAAACUGGGUGAACCCCUAGACCAGGUGGCACAUUCCCUGGUGGGGCCGCUGCAACAGCAGGGUCGCCACAUGGAAGCCUAUGAGCUGGUAAAAGAGCACGGUGGCGAUCGGGAGCGGCAGUUGGAAGUGCUGCUAGAGGGUCAUCUCUACAGCAGGGCCAUCUACGAGGCGGGUCUUCAAGAUGGAGAUGCGUUGGCGGAGAAAAUCGCCCCCGCGCUGCUGGCCUAUGGAGCUCAAUUGCAAAACUCCCUGAACGCCGAUUUGCAGCUCUUCCUGGAUUACAAACAACGUCUGUUGGAUAUCCGGCAGCGAAAUGCAAAAUUCGGGGAGGGAGAUGGCAAUGCGGAUGUGGAUCUGGACGAGGCGGACCUUCUGUCCGACACCACCAGUCUGCACUCCUCGCGCUACAGCGGCACCUCGCGAGGCACCGGCAAGACAUUCCGCUCGAGCAAAAACCGACGCAAGCACGAACGCAAGCUACUCAGCCUGAAACCGGGCAACCCCUUCGAAGACAUCGCGCUCAUCGAUGCGCUGCACAACCACGUCACGAAGAUCGCCCAGCAGCAGCAGCCUGUGCGUGACACAUGCAAAGCGCUCCUUCUGCUCGACAGUGCGGCAGAUGGGGAUCCACUGGCCGCUGCACUGCAGCGCGAAUUAAAGACACUGCUGAACGUGGUGGAGGAGUCGCUGGACGAGAUCUGGACACCAGAGCUCGUAGGCAAUGGCACUUCGUUGGCGCAGCAUCUGACUGGACCCAAUGUGGACUACCUGGCCCUGCAAAAGGAGCAGCGCUACGCCUUGAUAAGUCCCCUCAAGCGCUUCAAACCGCAACUUAAUCUGAUGGACUGGCAGCACGAGAUCCUCCAGUGAGUCACCGCUGGGAUCACUGGAUUUGCGUGCAGAUCUUUCAUCCUCCCCCAAUCCGUAAUCGCCUAACCCAUCCCCCAUUUUACUUUCACUGCUGUGGAAAUAAAUGUAGCAUUGAAAUGCUAAUUGAA